UUAAUAUGAUGCUAUAUUAUGAGUGGUCCUCUCUACUGCUGAACUCGUGCACGAAAUUGUCAUCAAGGUGUAGAGUUGCGUUAAUAUGAAACUUCAUAAAUGUUGUCUUUGCCCGCUACUUUACUUCUCUGCUUCAAUGUCUUGAAAUAAGUUAGUGAAUAUGGCGUAUCAACAUCAGUUUACAUCGGAGGAAAAUGAAGAUGACUUAGAAAAACUACGGCUUGCUGCUCUUAAAUCAUUGCGGACUGCAAAAGCAGUUCCUAAAGUUGUCAGGAAGUUUAAGAAGGUCAAUAAGAAGUUUAUUUUUAAGGGCCAAGGAAUUCGAACUAACUGCUAUAAUGGCAAAUCAAUGAAAAAGAAUUUCAGAGGUAACUCAAACCAGAAUUUCAGAGGCAACUCAAACCAGAAUUUUAGAAACAACUCAAACCUUAUUACAAUAGUUCCUGUGGUGGAAAUGUCUGGGGCCUCUGGGAGUGAAUGUGGAGGACAAUCUUCAGAAAUUAAAGAUUCAGAAGUUAAUCAAGUGCCAUCAAAAUUCAGCCGAUAUGAUGAUGACAAUUCAGAUAAUAGUGAUGAAGAUUUUAUGGGCUACUGUGGUACAAAUGGAGUUGAAGAAGAUGAAAGUGCAGAGGAAGAUUCUGACAUAUUGUUACUAGAUACAAAUGAAGAAGAAAGUCUGGAAAAACUAAUGGAUGAAUUAGAAGAAGAGAUAAAGAAAACUGAAAGGACUUCACCAUCUGUAACAAGUGCAGAUGACAGUGAAACGGAGGUACCGGAAAAAAGUGUUCUGCAGGAAGAAACUGAUGUAAAAGUUUGCCGUGAUCAACAACUGGAGUCUUGUGUGAGUGAUGUGUGUGUUCAGCCUGAUGUUGUGAGUGAAAAUUCUGUGACAAUUAGUGGUCUGCAAGGAACAACAAAAGGAGUGAUCAGCAGCACUGUGGAUGCUGCAUAUGACAAUGGACAACCACUUUCCUCUGUAAAAGCCCAAGAAACAUCUACUCUGCUAAUUUCAGUGCCAGUAUCUACAGUGAAGACCACAGAAAAUGAACCAGCUGCUCAGGCUGAAAAUUCCAAUAUUACUUUAAAAAUGUCUCAAAUAUCAAGGCAUUCACCACCUGAUAAUAAGUACAUCAAAUGUUCCAAUAAGAGUGUAAUAACCCCAAACCAGUCCCCUGUUCAUUCACCUGGGCAAUGUAGCCAUCCAGAAAAUAGUCAAAGCCAAGGGUCUUCAUUGUACAAACCAACCUCAUGUAGUCCUGGAGCAACCCACAAUACAAGCAGAGUUUCAGACUCAUCUUCAAUAUAUAAUUCAGUGUCUCAAGUGGAAAGAUCUCAGGUUCAUGAUAACAGAUCUCAAAGCACAAAAUCCCCAGUCUAUCGACGAUCGCGAACUCCGGCAUCACCAUCUAGGACUACUACUUCAAAAAUGAGAAACUCCUUCAGCCGAUCACGCAGUCCAAGAUCUCCAUUGCGAAUUCGAAGGUCACCUGCACAUGCUGUGAAAUCACGAAGCCCCAAGUCACCUGUACGUAAACUAAGUCAUCCUAAUUCUAGAUCACCGAUUUAUGAUUCACGACCAUAUACACAAACGUCACCAGUUGACUCUCUUCAAUCACGGAGCCCACAUUCUCCUUGCAGUAGUGAUAGGUUUCAUAGUCCCUCUCGCAUUCAUAGGUCUUUGAGAAUUUCUACAUCAAAAUCUCCAGUUCACCAAGUGAGGUCACCUAGCCCAAGACCUUCCACUCAUUUGCGAAGAUCUUGCAGUCCGAGAUCAAGUCCUAUCAGGCAUACAUCUCGGUCUCCAAGAUCAAGUCCUCAUAACCAGAAAUCUCGUAGUCCAAGAUCAAUUGCUCACAAGCAACAAUCCUGCAGUCCGAGGUCUGCUACUCACAUGCGAAGAUCGUGCAGCCCGAGGCCUGCUGCAAACGUACAUAGAUCUUGCAGUCCAAGAUCAGCUGUGACUAUGCGGAGAUCUCGUAGUCCAGGACCAUCAUCAACUAUGAGAUCUCAUAGUCCAGGACCAGUGAUAAGUAUGCGGAGAUCAUGCAGUCCGGGGCCAGCAAUGACCAUGCGGAGAUCAGGCAGUCCAGGACCACUGACGAACACACAGAGGUCACGAAGUCCAGAGCCACUGACGAACAUCCGGAGGUCACGGAGUCCAGGGCCUGUGAAGAACAUGCGGAGGUCACACAGUUCAGGGCCGGCGAUGAGCAUGCGGAGGUCGUGCAGUCCAGGGCCACAGACAAGCAGGCGGAGGUCACGCAGUCCAGGGCCACAGACGAGCAGGCGGAGGUCACGCAGUCCAGGGCCACAGACAAGCAGGCAGAGGUCAUGCAGUCCAGGGCCACAGACAAGCAGGCAGCGGUCACGCAGUCCAGGGCCACAGAUAAGCAGGCAGAGGUCACGCAGUCCAGGGCCACAGACAAGCAGGCGGAGGUCACGCAGUCCAGGGCCACAGACAAGCAGGCGGAGGUCACGCAGUCCAGGGCUGCAGAUGAGCAGGCAGAGAUCAUGCAGUCCAGGGCCAGGGACAAGCAUGCGGAGAUCACGGAGUCCAGGGCCAGUGACAAGCAUGUGGAGGUCACGGAGUCCCGGGCCAGUAAAGAGCAAGCGGAGGUCACGGAGUCCAGGGCCAGUAAAGAGCAAGCGGAGGUCAUGCAGCCCAGGGCCAGUGAAGAGUAAGCGGAGGUCAUGCAGCCCAGGGCCAGUGAAGAGUAAGCGGAGGUCAUGCAGUCCAGGGCCAGUGAAGAGCAAGCGGAGGUCACGUAGUCCAGGGCCAGCAACGAGUUUGCGAAGGUCCCCCAGUCCAGGGCCAGCAACGAACAUGCGGAGAUCACGCAGUCCAGGGCCAGCGACAAGAAUGCGGAGAUCACGCAGUCCACAGCCAGUGACAAGCAUGCGGAGAUCACACAGUCCAGGGCCAGCGACAAGAAUGCGGAGAUCACGCAGUCCACAGCCAGUGACGAGUAUGCGGAGAUCACCCAGUCCAGUGCCAGCAAGGAACAGGUGGAGGUCACGCAGUCCAGGUCCAGUGAGGAGCAGGCAGAGAUCACGCAGCCCAGGUCCAGUGAGGAGCAGGCAGAGAUCACGCAGCCCAGGUCCAGCGAGGAGCAUGCGGAGAUCACGCAGUCCAGGGGCAAGGACGAGCAUGCGGAGAUCACGCAGUCCAGGACCAAGGACGAGCAUGCGUAGGUCACGCAGCCCAGGGCCAAGGACGAGCAUGUGUAGAUCACGCAGUCCAGGGUCAGUGACGAGCAUGCGUAGAUCGCGGAGUCCUGGGCCAGUGACGACCAAGCGUAGAUCGCGCAGUCCAGGGCCAGUGACGAGCAAGCAUAAAUCACGCAGUCCAGGACCAGCAAAGAACAUGCGUAGAUCGCGCAGUCCAGGACCAACAACAAAUACACGGAGAUCUCAUAGUCCAGGACCUGCAAGGAAUGCGAGGAGAUCUCGCAGCCCGAGACCAGCAAUGAGUGCACGGAGAUCCCGCAGUCCUGGACCAACAGUGAGUACGUGGAGAUCUCGCAGUCCAGGACCUGCAACAUGUACACGGAGAUCUCGCAGUCCAGGACCUGCAACAUGUACACGGAGAUCACGUAGUUCAGGACCGGCAAUGAGCACACGGAGAUCUCGCAGUCCAAGACCAGCAGUGAACACACGGAGAUCUCGCAGUCCAGGAAGGGUAGUGGGCACACGGAGAUCUCGCAGUCCAGGCCCGGCAGUGAGCACACGGAGAUCUCGCAGUCCAGGAAAGGCAGUGAGCACACGGAGAUCUCGCAGCCCAGGAAGGGCAGUGGGCACACGGAGAUCUCGCAGUCCAGGAAGGGGAGUGGGCACACAGAGAUCUCUCAGUCCAGGAUGGGCAAUGAGCACACGGACAUCUCGCAGUCCAGGAAGGGGAGUGGGUACGAAGAGAUCUCGCAGUCCAGGACAGACAAUGAGCACACGGAAAUCUCGCAGUCCAGGACGGGCAGUGAGCACACAGAGAUCUUGCAGUCCAGGACCGGCAGUGAGCACACGGAGAUCUCGCAGUCCAGGACGGGCAGUGAGCACACGGAGAUCUCGCAGUCCAGGACGGGCAGUGUGCACACGGAGAUCUCACAGUCCAGGACGGGCAGUGAGCACACGGAAAUCUCGCAGUCCAGGACCGGCAAUGUGCACACGAAGAUCUCGCAGUCCAGGACCAACCAAGAGUACAAGGAGAUCUCGCAGUCCAGGAGUGGCUAAGAGCAAACGGAGAUCUCGCAGUCCAGGACUGGCCAAAGGCACACGGAUAUCUCGCAGUCCAGGACCGGAAAUGAGCUCAAACAGAUCUCACAGUCCAGGACCACUAAUGAGCAUUCAUAGAUCUCACAGCCCAAGACCUGUAACAUGUAUGCAGAGAUCUCGCAGUCCACGGCCAUCUUCUAGUACCCGGAGAUCUCGCAGUCCGAGACCAUCUACCGAUACCCGAAGAUCUCGCAGUCCAAGACCAGUUAACAGUACUCGAAGAUCUCGCAGUCCAAGACCAGCUGGUAGUGUGCGACGAUCUCACAGUCCAAGACCAUCUGUGAGUGUGCUGAGAUCUCACAGUCCCAGACCAGCAGUGAGUAUGCGAAGAUCUCGCAGCCCGAGACCGAUAGUGAGUACUCGUAGAUCUCGGAGUCCAAGAUCAGCUUCUGAUAUGCGGAGAUCGCACAGUCCAAGACCACGUACUAAUCUGCGCAGAUCUAGAAGUCCAAGCCCUGCCACGAAUAUACGGAAGUCUCGCAGUCCCAGAACAGCAGCUAAGGUACAGAGAUCUGUUAGUCCAACACCAGCCUCUAAUAUGCAGAGCUCUAUUAGCCCAAGACCAGCCACAAAUUUGAGAAGAUCUCUGAGUCCAAGACCAGGUACUAAUAUUCGGAGAUCUCCCAGUCCAAGACCAAUGGCUAUUGUACGAAGAUCUCUCAGUCCAAGACCACCUGCUAAAAUACGGAGAUCUGUUAGUCCACAGCCAGCUGCUAAGAUACGAAGAUCAGGAAGUCCCAGACCAACUGCUAAUGUGUGUAGAUCUGGCAGUCCAAGAGCAGCCACUAAGGUACUGAGAUCUAAUAGUCCAAGACCAGCUACUCAUGUGCGGAGCUCUGGUAGUCCAAGAAGAGUUGCUCUGAUAAAGAGAUCUGGUAGUCCGAGACAAACUGCUCAGAUGUGCAUAUCUUUUAGUCCAAGAUUAACUGAACACAGGAGGAAAUCCUCUAGUCCCAGAUCAUGUACUCGCGUGCAGAAGUCAUGUAGCCCUAGGUCAGCCAACCAAAUACGGAGAUCUUGUAGUCCCAGACAAGUCAGCCAGAUGAAGAGAUCUCGUAGUCCCACUUGCUCUCCAGCUAGAAAAUCUGCAUCGCAAUUCAGAAAGCUGUCAAGAUCACCAUCUAGGAGAUAUUCUGACAACCAUUAUUCUCCUUCACAUUCCAGAUGCUCUAGAAAGCAGUCAUUAUCACCAAUAUCCAGAAAUUACGGUUCACCAGGUAGGUCUGGCUCACCAAGGGAAAGACAAAAGUCACCACAAUGCAAAAUAUCUCCAGUUAGAAUGCAGGCACAUGACCGGAGAAGUAUUACAUCACAGAAGAAAUCCAUUUCUCCAAAGUGCAGGAGGCAUUCGAUAUCACCAGGAAAAGGAUAUGUAAAGUCACCCAUCACCCAAAGAACAUUUGCAUCACCCAAAAGACUCUCACCAGAUGUGCAGCGGAAGAGAUCACCUAUAAAUUUUCCUUCAAAUAAGUCAAAUGUUUCAAAACAUGCCAUGCAGAGAAGCAAAUCACCAGUUUCAAGAGUUUCGAAUUCGCCUCCAAUAAGUCUAGAGCAACUACAUUUGAAUAGGAAGCAUUCAAAGGGUAGGAGCCCAUCUCCCUGUCCAAUUAAAAUGUAUGGUGUGUCAAGUACCAGAAAAAAGUCCCCAGAAAAACUACAAAGAAAAUCGUCUCAUAUGUCUUCUAAAGACAGAGAAAAUGUGCAUUACACAGCAUCACCAUAUGACCACCAGGUCUCUACUUCUCCAGAGGUGAAACCUUCUCACACGGAUAAAUGUUACAGAAGUCCACAAAGAAAAGCAUCACCACAUUUAAUGGCAUCAUUUUCACCUCUCUCUCCACAGAACUCAUUCUCUUUCUCAGGGGCUCAUGAAGAUGAUCAUUCAUUACGGAGAAAAGAUGUAGGUUUAAUUCAUGGAAAGCCCAUGCAUGACAAUCGAAAGAAUAAUACAUCAGUAGAAGAAUUGUAUUGUCAUUCAGAUAACCCCUCAACCCAGAAAAGUCGGAGUCAGACACCAAGCCUGAGCCCGUCACCUGAGAAAAACUCUGAGUCAGAAAAUAAAUACUAUACAGUGCCUCUCAGAAUCCAAACCUCAUCUCUAGGUUACAAGAAUCCCCCUGUUUCUAAUUCUUUGAAAAACAAUGACAUCAGUUCUUCGCAAGGAGCUUCAGCAUGCUCAGUUACCAUUGAUAGUGGUAGCAAAGUUAAGUCGUUAAGAAAAAAUCGUGAUGAAAGUGUUACACCGACCAGAUCAGAACCGAUGUCCAAAAACUGCACAAAAAAAACAGAAAGAAAAACUUCACAUAAAUAUAGGAUGAAAGAUAAAAACAAGAAAGGACAUAUAGUGGCUAUGUGUCAGGAUGAACCAAAGUCAUUGGCACUAAACUCUGAUGUUAUCGACACAGGUAGAAGUAUGGUGAAUGAUAAUGUUCCUAUUCAGGAGACUACAAAAAGAAAAUUUGAUUCCUCAGAUUCUCGUGAACAUUCUUGUAAAACAAAUAGCUUGGAUCAGUUAUCAGAAACUGAGGUAGAGAAGGAAAUGGAAACUGUCACUAAAAUAGCUAAUACCCCCGAUGACAGAACCUUAGAUGAACUUGAAGAUCUUUUGGAUUUGGAAUUAGAUAAAUCAGUUGAUUUAUGGGAAAGUGAUGAAUCAGAAAAUGAGCAUUUUCAUCAAGAAACAAAGACCCUGGAAAAAUCUUUAGAUUUAGUUGAAGAUCAGCACUCAAGAACUUCUGGUACGGAAAAGGACAGCGCAGUUUCAAAAGGAAGACUGAAAGACACCACUGGUGAAAAGUUAAACUUCUCUACCAUAGGAGAUUCACCUGGUGAAGAAAGUAAGGUGAUAAAAGUUACAUCAGGUGGAUCGGGCAAGAGGAAGAAAAGAUCAGACUCUCGGAAAAAUUCGUCUAGAAAGUCCAGCCGCAGAGAAAACAGAAAUAAAGUGGAGCAGUUGGGAGAGCAGUGUAGCCCAUCAAAAACAGAAUCAGCAGAUGAAAGCAUGGAGCAUACUGAUAUAACAGACGGUGACCUCAGGGCAGAGCUAAGUCGAAGACGAGCAGAAAGAUUACUUAAGGCAGGAUCAUUACAUACUGCACUCCCUACAAGGUUACUGCAAUCUGCAUUUCGGGGACUUGUUAGCGGCAAAACUGCCAAGAAAGAGGCCAGUGAACGCAAAUCAUGUGACAGAGAGCUGCAGAAAAGAGACAAAACAGAUGGACGAAGAGUUAUGGUUCUGAAGUCACCCCCUUCUGAAGAUCAGGAUGUUGUGAGCCUCAGUGUCACCAUACCAAAGGAUAAAAAGGAUAAAAACUCUCCAUCAAAAGUACCUGUUCACUUACGCCUUGGCCUUCCUAGUAGUAGCUGGGACACACAGAAUUCCCAUUCAAGACGAAGAGGUUAUCGUAAGGUGAAGCUUAAACGCAGUGUGAUUGUUUCAUCUGAGAAAGGUCAUAAGGUUUAAUCUUGGAUUGGACAUAAGGAAAGGCAAAAUAUUAGAAACGAGAAGACGUGUUUGAAAAUUGUUGGACAAUAUUGGACAGUAAUCAUAUUGAUUGUGCAUUUUUUUGGGAUACUUUAUUCCAUUAUUUAACUGUUAUUUCUACUGAAUUUACAAUGUAAAUAAAUUAAUGAGUCAUAUGUUUA